AAUUAUGUAAUCGCACUCCGAUAACUUAUUGUGCAAAGUUUUGCUAGAAAAAAAAAUACAUGGGGAAUGAAGACAUUAACUAAAAUAACAUUCAUCUCUCUCCUCGAUUGUCACAAUGAAACCCCCUUAAAUUCGGUUCCCACGUUAUCUUGAAAAACAAAGUUGCCUCGUUAGAUUUUUAUGUUAGCCUGAUUCAUCUCUUUACCAUUACCCCUUGCUAGUCUCCAUAGGUUCACCAGCAGUAGUAACAUGCCCAGGAUUCUCCUUGAAGCCCCCAAUCUCACCCAAUUUCUCCUUGGCGCGAUCCAUCAGCCCAAUCCCAGACGUCCCAUACUCUCCAGUCGUCGUCCCUCGUCGCGACGUCGGGUCAGUUCCAGGCUGUGGUUGAGCUCUUGGCUGGUGCUCUUGUUGCGGCUGGCCACCAUAGUAGCCUGUCGUGAAAGCAUCAGCAUCUCCAGUAGACAAGCCAAAGGAUGCACCGCCUUUAGUGCUAGGUCCGCCAUACAUGGCAGUGGUGCUUGGCUGGGCAAACUGAUGUCCCGAAGGCGCAAUACUAUUGUAGCUGCAGGAUUAGUAGUGUUUGCUGCAGGGGGUUUGGCAUUUCCUUUCUACAUGGCAUUAUCAUCUAAGAAGCAGCCUGUCAUCGAUUCAUCAAAGCCCUUGCCACCCCAAGCAACCUUUCGAGGACCAUAUAUUAACACUGGUUCACGCGAUGUUGGACCUGACCAUCGUAGUUAUCCAAAGAAUGAUUAAAUUAUGUUCUCAUAAUUGGCAUAUAACCCCAACUUCAGGAGAGUAACCCAAUAAUCGAGAAGUUAUCACUUAUCAACUGCAAGAAAAUUUCAGCACAGCCUUGAGACCUUCUGCAACUGCGUGCCUGCCAAGAUCACCAGGAAACAGGAUCCUCGCGGCUGUCUGUAUUUCCCUUGAUGUAACAUAUGGCUGUUUGUCUCUCUCGACUAAUCUUGUUGCCUCCAUAGAUAAAUUUUCUAGUAUACCAUUAAUAAGAUCAUCCAUCAUGAUCACAGCUUCCCUUGUAAUUUCGAGGUCUUCGUGUACUACUUUCAGAACUUGGUAGAUGUAAUUCCUAAAUGUUAAAAUCUCCAAAUCUGAAUUUGAAGCUACACUUUCUUCAGAAGUUGAGGCCAUCAGAAGAUAGUGUAUCAAUUGCUACAACUUGAGUAAUGUGCGGUAUGACCGUAUGAGAUUGAAGGGUAUAUAUAGGGGGGAUGGUGUACCACAUUUCAAAAAAAAAUUCAAACCAUUUUUUAGUAGCAUGGGAAAGUGGAGACUGGAGAAUGGGAAUCAUGGGUAUUUAUUUGAACUCGAAUUUUGUGGCAUCGUUUAGGUGUUUGUUCAACUCUUUGAGAUGUGGGAUUUAUGGACUUUUCAUAAUUACUCCAUCAUUGUCAUUAUUGGGACUA